CCACACUUGUAAACACUGAGGAGUCUUGUUAAUGUCUCAUAUUUGUGGCUCUCUGUCGCCCGUGUGGGUUUACUGCUGCUGAUACAUAUGUGGUAAUGAUCCAGAAGGUGCGUUGAUGCCCGUGAGGUAUUCUGAUCCAAGGAACUGGAGUUGCCCUGCCUUAUUUUGGAACUUGGCUGACUCCUACAAGGGUUGUGUGACCCCCUACGGGUUUACGCUUCCAAGUGAUACAUAUUAUGUGAGUGAUACAUAUUAUCUGGUGUUUACAGUGUCAGUACUGUAGUAAACAUACCUUGCUGACACCCAGUAUCAGCACACUGAAGAAAAUGGCAAAAGCAGAGAUGAGCUAGUGUCAGCACCAAGUUUAAUGAAAAAUACUACACUGCAGUACUGAGUACAACUACUGUCAGCACCAAGACUGAAGUGCUGAGUACAACUACUGUCAGCAUUGUUUCAGUGCAACUGACAGUUUGUGUGUUCACUCCUGUUGUCAGUAUUUGACUGUACUGUUUGGGAAAUCUUGUAAUUUCCAACUUUCAAUGGAAUUAAGGUAACAAAGACAUGGUGCAGUUCACAUAUUAUAUCUCACAUUAAUAGUGUGAAAGACCAUUUAAAAGAAUCCUAACUCAUGAUUGUUUUCUACUUUUAAGUAACAGUUUUUACAUUCUUUCCUUCCAUGAAACUAUUAUGAUGGUCAUAGUCUUACCCAUUCUGUGAAAAAUUAGUCAUAAUCAUACCUGCUACUAUGAAAAUGUUAGCAAAAGUCUAAUCCCUAUUAUGAAGUCUUACCCCCUAUUAUGAAAAUAAUAGUCACAAUCUUUUCACUAAUUUCACUUAUUUCCUUGAAAUAUUCCUCACUUAUCCUUAUGCUGAUGUCUCUUUGAUUUUUUCAUUGUAAAAUACAAGUGAAGACACUGCAUGAAUCAAGUUAAUUAUUUAUUAUAUUAAUUAUCAUGAAAAAAAAAACCAACAAGAAACAGUUUAUUGAUAAAAUCUUUACCAGUUACAGUAUGGUUAUCAGUUUCUUAUAAAAGUUUUAUUUGUGUAGUCAUUAUAUUUAUGAUAUAGAAAGUAAAUAUGUAUAAAUGUACCUUAUAUAUGAUGAAAUAAGAUUUGAGUUUUGUUUAUGGAAUAUUUAAAGUUACACGACCUGCCCCAGCACCCACUUAAAUAACUUACACGACCUGCCCCAGCACCCACUUAAAUAACUUACACGACUUGCCCCAACACCCACUUAACUUACAUGACCUGCCAUAACAUCCACUUAACUUACACAACCUGCCCCAGCACCCACUUAACUUACACGACCUACCCCAGCACCCACUUAACUUACACGACCUGCCCCAGCACCCGCUUAACUUACACGACCUGCCCCAGCACCCGCUUAACUUACACGACCUGCCCCAGCACCCACUUAGCUUACAUGACCUGCCCCAGCACCUGCUUAAUUUACACGACCUGCCCCAGCACCCACUUAAACAACUUACUCAACCUGCACAAGCACCCACUUAAAAAUUUACACAACCUACACAAGCACCCACUUAAAAAACUUACACAACCUACACAAGCACCCACUUAAAAAACUUACACAGCCUACAUAAGCACCCACUUAAAAAACUUACACAACCUACACAAGCACCCACUUAAAAAACUUACACAACCUGCACAAGCACACACUUAAACAUCUUCACUAAGAACAAAACACACGUUUCUAAAACAUUCUUAACAUCUAUUUCAGUUUUCGUCCUGAGUAAUUUUGGAACUUUUUUAGUUAAGCAGAAGAGGUUUCACACAUUACGUAAAAUUAACACUAAUCAUUAAAAUUUACAAGUACAAAAAAUACAUUGUAAUACUUGGUAGUGGAUUCAAACCUCUUUGUAAAUAGUUUGUGACUUAUGUUUCACAUUAAAUUGUGUUGGUUACAAAAGUUCAUGUGAAAAGAAUUUCCUAUAAGUUGUCAGUGUUUUUUUGUGUGGAAAAGCCUUCAUUGCAGACUAUAUUAACCCUUUUACUGUCGAGACUCUUGCUCGCACACUUGCUCUCAGUGUUGAAGAAUUUAAAAAAAAAUUAUUUUGUCUUACAAAAUAAUAGAGAAUCUUUUCCCCGUGGUAAUGACACCAAAAGUAUGAAAUUUGAUGGAAAACUUACAGAAUUAUGCUCUCACGAAUUUAGCGAUCUUGGCAAUACAGUGGACCCCCGGUUAACAAUAUUUUUUCACUCCAGAAGUAUGUUCAGGUGCCAGUACUGACCGAAUUUGUUCCCAUAAGGAAUAUUGUGAAGUAGAUUAGUCCAUUUCAGACCCCCAAACAUACACGUACAAACGCACUUACAUAAAUACACUUACAUAAUUGGUCGCAUUCGGAGGUGAUCGUUAUGCGGGGGUCCACUGUAUAUAUGCAUCGAUAAUUUUGCCCACUUUGAGCCCUAUUUUCAGCCAAUUCCAUUGCUCCAGUCGACCAGACUCAUAGAUAUUUCACUAGAACUCCAUUUGUUCUGUCGAUUGAGUACAAGAAACCGCCCAUUUACCGAUUUCAACUGCCCAAUAAAGUGGUCAGAAAUUCGCAUUUUGACCAAUUUCACACAAAUUUCAAAAGAUGCCAAUUUCAGAAUAGGGUCCAGAAAACAUUCUUGGCACUAAAAUAACAUUUUCUCUGUUCAUUAGUCACAUCUCUAGGCCCCUCUUAUAUUACUCUUGCUUUCCAUUUUGAAUUUUUAUUCACACAAAAAAUAGAAGAUUUACUGUUAUGCAGACUACUGCGUUGUUGUAAGAAUUGCAUAAAUAAUGUCAACCCAUUCAUGACUGCAUAUUAGACUGGCCAGUUGGACACAUAUUUGAUGAUGACAUCAUUUGUUUACUCUUGAACAUUGGCAAAAAUUGCACAUUUCCACUACUUUGACCUCAAUUUCAAGGUACUUUUCAUCGUGAAACCAAUCAAAAUCAUCUCUAUAUCUGUAGUAUAUUAUUCAUUCUAUAAAUUGAGACCAAGGAAACGAGAAUACAACCAUAAAUAUACCAUACAAAAACACACCUCAAAUUUGGCAUUUUAAACCUAAAACACCUUUGGAGUUUUUUUUCUCUCAUUAUGCACUGCAUGCUGCUGGAUUUUUUUUAUGCUGCACUCACUGACCAUGCAGACCCUUUCUCUCACAUAUAGGUCUACUAGCUUUCUCCCGCUAGAUUUGAGGCCUCUAGAAUUUUGGGGUAUUAAUACGUCACCAACACAUGCUUGUAAGCCAUACCUAUAUGUUACUGACAGUGAGAGGGUUAACUGUGAGACAAUAGGAGGAGAAAGUACAAAAUGUGAGUACAAUAAGUCUGUUGUUAUGUGAAGUUCAGUAAGUCUGUUAUGUGAAGUACAGUAAGUCUGUUAUGUGAAGUUCAGUAAGUCUGUUAUGUGAAGUACAGUAAGUCUGUUAUGUGAAGUACAGUAAGUCUGUUAUGUGAAGUUCAGUAAGUCUGUUAUGUGAGUACAGUAAGUCUGUUGUUGUGUGAAGUACAGUAAGUCUGUUAUGUGAAGUUCAGUAAGUCUGUUAUGUGAAGUACAGUAAGUCUGUUAUGUGAAGUUCAUUAAGUCUGUUAUGUGAAGUACAGUAAGUCUGUUAUGCGAAGUGGUGCAUAUUAAGUAUUAAAAUCUUAAAAUAAAGGCAACAUGAAGGUAGUAAAGAAACUCCAUCAGUGUCCUGUUUGUGAAAAAGCUUUUCCAACUAAUUAUAAACUCAUGAGACAUAACAGUAUUCAUACAGGAAAGAAGCCAUAUCAUUGUCCAGAAUGUCUAAAAAGCUUUAUUGAUAAAUCUUCACUAAGAAUUCAUCAGAGAGUUCAUACAGGAGAGAAACCAUAUCAGUGCUCAGUGUGUUUGAAAGGUUUUAUUGAUAAAUCCUCACUAAAAAAACAUCAGAGAAUGCAUACAGGAGAGAAGCCAUUUCAGUGUUCAGUGUGUCACAAAGAUUUUAGACAUAGGGGUCACUUGAACUCACACAUGUUGCUUCAUACUGGAGAGAAGCCAUAUCAUUGUUCAGUUUGUCUGGAAGACUUUACUGAAAAAUCCUCACUAAAUAAACAUCAGAGAAUUCAUACAGGAGAGAAACUAUAUGAAUGUUCAGUGUGUCUAAAAGACUUUAGUAAUAAAUCAUCACUAAGAAUUCAUCAGAGAAUUCAUACAGGAGAAAAGCCAUAUCAAUGCUCAGUGUGUCUGAAAGACUUCAUUGAUAAAUCCUCACUAAAACAACAUCAGAGAGUUCACACAGGAGAGAAGCCAUUUCAGUGUCCAGUGUGUCAGAAAGACUUUAGACAAACAGGUCACCUGAAUUCACACAUGAGACUUCACACUGGAGAGAAGCCAUAUCAGUGCUCAGUGUGUUCAAAAUUAUUUUCAGUAAAAUGUGCUCUGGUAAAACAUAUGCGCUAUCAUACAGGAGAGAAGCCAUAUCAGUGCUCAGUGUGCCUGAAAGACUUUAUUGAUAAAUCCUCUCUAAAACAACAUCAAACAGUUCAUACAGGAGAAAAGCCAUAUCAUUGUUCAGUGUGUCUGAAAAACUUUACUGUUAGAUCCUCAUUAAAAAAACAUCAGAGAAUUCAUACUAGAGAGAAGCCAUACCAGUGCUCAGUGUGUAUGGAACAAUUUUUGUUAAAAUGUUCUCUAGAGAAACAUAUAAAGACUCAUACAGAAGAAAAAACAAAUCAGUGUCCAGAGUGUCAAAAAGUGUUUUCAAGUGACAUUGUUUUACUUAAGCACAUGACACUUCACAAAGAACAUAAGCCAUACAGGUGUUCAAAGUGUCAGAAAGGCUUUUCACUAGAGAAGAGUUUAGUAAAACAUUUAAAAAGCCAUACAGGAGAAACACAAUACAAAUGUUCAGAGUAUCGGGAAGGCUUUCCCAGACAAGCAAAUAUAAUAUUGCAUCAAAAAAUUCAUGAGGCAGAAAAACCACAUAAUUGCUCACUGUGUUCACAAAGUUUUUCACAAAAAUUACAAUUUGAAAAUCACAUGAGAGGUCACAACACAGAGGAACAAUAUCAGUGUUCAAGGUGUCUGGAAAGUUUUUCCCAUAUAACUCACCUAGUGAAUCAUAUGAUAACUCAUGUAUGAGACACAAUGUAUAGUAAUGUUAAGUGUUUUAAAAACAUUUUAAGAUCAUCUCAUCAUGUAAAAUCUCUUAUGUCUGGUUAUUUCAGCAGGAAAAUCCAAGUGAAAUUGAUGCUCUUUAUUAGAAAUAUAUAUGUGGGACAUAUUUAACAUGUGGUAAAAGAACACAAUUCUAAAAUAACAGAAAGGCAAGACUAAAUUACUCUUAAAAAUACAAUUUGGUUUAUUCCUACCCAUCUAGUACACUUAAAAAUACAGGUUCUUUUAUUUCUUCUUGUCUAGUUCAGCUUAUCAUAAAUCAGAUUCACCGAACACUGUCAUUCAUGAGAAUACUUUUUUAGUGAAACAACAGAAUUAUUGGAAUCCUUAAUUUUCCAGGGGAUGGCUGGGGUUGCAGUGAACAUUGCAGGUCUCCUCAUCCAAGGAAUUGGAUAUCUCUUUCCAUUGAGGUUUCUUGUAAUGGUGAAAGGAUUCUUUGAUCUGAGACAUAAUUAUUUCUUUUUCCCUUCCUCAGAUCAAGUUUGAAUAUCGCCAUUAAUCACUCUUCUUUUUUUUUCUCUGUUGAGACAUUUUUACAUUUGUAAAACUCUUUGUCUUGCAGAAAGUAAAAUAUUUAAUGUUGCAGUUGUGUUCCAGCAUUUAUUAUAAUGGUAAUGUUGUGUCACUCUACCUGUACAAUAUUGUACCAUCAUGGAAGUCCCCUACCAUGAACUAUUAUAGAGGUACCUUGCCUUCAACUAUCACCAUUACCAUGAACUAUUAUCAAGGUCCCCUACCAUGAGCUAACAUAGAAGUCCCCUAUGAAGAACUAUGAUGGUAGUCACCUGCCAUGAACUAUCAUGGUAGUCCCCUACCAUGAACUAUCAUGGAGCUUGUCUACCAUGAACUAUCAUGGAGGUGCCCUACCUUGAACUAUCAUGGAGCUUGACUACCACGAACUCAUGGAGGUACCCUACCAUGAGCUGUCAUGGAGAUACCCUACCAUGAGCUGUCAUGGAGGUACCCUACCAUGAGCUGUCAUGGAGGUACCCUACCAUGAACUGUCAUGGAGGUACCCUACCAUGAGCUAACAUGGAAGUCCUCUAUGAUGAACUAUCAUGGUAGUCCCCUACCAUGAACUAUCAUGGAGCUUGACUACCAUGAACUGUCAUGGAGGUUUCCUCAUGAGCUAACAUAGAAGUCCUCAAUGAUGAACUAUCAUGGAGGUAUCCUACCAUGAACUAUCAUGGAGGUACCCUACCAUGAACUAUCAUGGAGGUACCCUACCAUGAACUAUCAUAGAGGUACCCUACCAUAAACUAUCAUGGAGGUACCCUACUAUGAACUAUCAUGGAGGUACCCUACCAUGAACUAUCAUGGAGGUAUCCUACCAUGAAAUAUCAUGGAGGUACCCUACCAUGAAGUAUCAUGGUGGUCCCCUAUAAUGAACUAUCAUGGAGGUCCCCUACCAUGAACUAUCAUGGAGGUCCCCUACCACGAACUAUCAUGGAGGUCUGCUACCAUGAACUAUCAUGGAGGACCCCUACCAUGAACUAUUAUGGAGGUCCCUACCAUGAGCUAUUAUGAUAGUCCCCUACCAUGAACUAUCAUGGAGGUCUCCUCCCAUAAACUAUCAUGGAGGUCCCCUACCAUGAACUGUCAUGGAGGUCCCCCAUGAUGAGCUAUCAUGGUAGUCCUCUACCAUGAACUAUCAUGGAGCUUGACUACCAUGAACUAUCAUGGAGAUCCCAACCAUGAACUAUCAUGGAGGUCCCCUACCAUGAACUAUCAUGGAGAUCCCAACCAUGAACUAUCAUGGUGGUCCCCUAUAAUGAACUAUCAUGGGGUCCCCUACCAUGAACUAUCAUGGAGGUCCCCUACCAUGACUAUCAUGGAGGUACCCUACCAUGAACUAUCAUGGAGGUCUCCUACCAUGAACUAUCAUGGAGGUUCCCUACCAUAAACUAUCAUGGAGGUCCCCUACCAUAAACUAUCAUGGAGGUCCCCUACCAUGAACUAUCAUGGUGGUUCCCUACCAUGACUAUCAUUGAGAUACCCUACCAUGAACUAUUGUUGAGGUUUACCAUGAACUGUCAUGGAAGUUCCCUACCAUGAACUCAUGGAGGUACCCUACCCUGAACUGUCAAUGAGGUACCCUACCAUGAACUGUCAUGGAGGUACCCUACCAUGAGCUAUUAUGAUAGUCCCCUACCAUGAACUAUCAUGGAGGUCUCCUACCAUGAAUUAUCAUGGAGGUCUCCUACCAUGAACUAUCAGGGAGGUCCCCUAUGAUGAGCUAUCAUGGUAGUCCUCUGCCAUGAACUAUCUUGGAGCUUGACUACCAUGAACUAUCAUGGAACUUGACUACCAUGAACUGUCAUGGAGCUUGACUACCAUGAACUAUCAUGGAGAUCCCAACCAUGAACUAUCAUGGAGGUCCCCUACCAUGAACUAUCAUGGGGUCCCCUACCAUGAACUAUCAUGGGGUCCCCUACCAUGAACUAUCAUGGAGGUCCCCUACCAUGAAUAUCAUGGAGGUCUCCUACCAUGAACUAUCAUGGAGGUCCCCUACCAUGACUAUCAUGGAGGUACCCUACCAUGAAUAUCAUGGAGGUCUCCUACCAUGAACUAUCAUGGAGGUCCCCUACCAUAAACUAUCACGGAGGUCCCCUACCAUAAACUAUCAUGGAGGUCCCCUACCAUGAACUAUCAUGGUGGUUCCCUAUCAUGACUAUCAUUGAGCUACCCUGCCAUGAACCAUCGUUGAGGUUAACUACCAUGAACUGUCAUGGAAGUUCCAUACCAUGAACUGUCAUGGAGGUACCCUACCCUGAACUGUCAAUGAGGUACCCUACCAUGAACUGUCAUGGAGGUACCCUACUAUUAGCUAACAUAGAAGUCCUCUAUGAUGACCUGUCAUGGUAGUUACCUACCAUGAACUAUCAUUAAGCUUGACUACCAUGAACUGUCAUGGAGGCUCCCUACCAUGAACUGUCAUGGAGACCCCCUACCAUGAACUAUCAUGGAGGUCCCCUACCAUGAACUAUCAUGGUGGUACCCUACCAUGAACUAUCAUGGAGGUCCCUUACCAUGAACUAUCAUGGUGCCCUACCAUGAACUAUCAUGGAGAUCCCUAACCAUGAACUAUCAUGGAAGUCUCCUACCAUGAACAAUCAUGGAGGUCUCCUACCAUGAGCUAUCAUGGAGGUUCCCUACCAUGAACAAUCAUGGAGGUCUACCAUGAGCUAUCAUGGAGGUUCCCUGCCAUGAACUAUCAUGGAGGUCCCCUAUCAUUAACUAUCAUGAAGGUUCCCUACCAUGAACUGUCAUGGAGGUCCCCUACCAUGAACUAUCAUGGAGGUCCCCUAUCAUGAACUAUCAUGGAGGUUCCCUAUCUUGAACUAUUAUGAAGGUCCCCUAUCAUGAACUAUCAUGGAGGUACCCUUCCAUGAACUUACAUGGAGGUACUCUACCAUGAACUAUCAUAGAGGUGCCCUACCAUGAACUAUCAUGGAGGUUCCCUAUCAUGAACUAUUAUGAAGGUCCCCUACCAUGAACUUUCAUGGAGGUACCCUUCCAUGAACUUACAUGGAGGUACCCUACCAUUAACUAUCAUGGAGGUACCCUACCAUGAACUAUCAUAGGGUACCCUAGCAUGAACUAUCAUGGAGGUACCCUACCAUGAACUAUCAUAGGGUACCCUACCAUGAACUAUCAUUGUACUGUCAGUUUGAAGCCUGUGGAGUCAGUGAGGGAUCAAUCAGGGAUCACUGUGUGAUCAGUGAGGGAUCACUGUAAUGUCAGUGAGGGAUCACUGUAGGGUCAGUGAGGGAUCACUGUAGGGUCAGUGAAGGAUCACUGUGGGGUCAGUGAGGGAUCACUGUUGGGUCUGUGAGGGAUCACUGGGAUCACUGUGGGGUCAGUGAGGGAUCACUGUGGGGUCUGUGAGGGAUCACUGGGAUCAGUGAGGGAUCACUGUGGGGUCAGUGAGGGAUCACUGGGAUCAGUGAGGGAUCACUGUGGGGUCAGUGAGGGAUCACUGUGGGGUCAGUGAGGGAUCACUGUGGGGUCAGUGAAGGAUCACUGUGGGGUCAGUGAAGGAUCACUGUAGGGUCAGUGAAGGAUCACUGUGGGGUCAGUGAAGGAUCACUGUGGGGUCAGUGAAGGAUCACUGUGGGGUCAGUUAGGGAUCACUGGGAUUGUCAGCAUAGUUGCUGAUCCCUGUAUUCCCAGUAUUAUAUAGCAUAGCAUAUUAGUAUCAUCCAUGUGCUUUACAUACGAGGUUCCUUGUAGGCCUGUGGCUUUGUGUGACGUCACGGGAUACAGAUGUGUAGGCUCAUACCUCUGCCCCGGCCUCACUCAGCGGCAGACCAUUCAGCGGACAGGCAAGGCAGCUGGGCUCCAUCCCUCAUCUCAGUCUGACAGUAUAUAGAUACCAUCCUACAAGUGUGUCUACCUUCAACCUACGAUAUCUCCAUUUAGGAACCCUUUACGAUAGGAUCAGUGAGGGAUCACUGUGGGGGCCAGUGAAGGAUCACUGUGGGGUCAGUGAGGGAUCACUGUGGGGUCAGUGAAGGAUCACUGUGGGGUCAGUGAGGGAUCACUGUGGGGUUAGUGAAGGAUCACUGUGGGGUCAGUGAGGGAUCAC